UUUGCUUUCCGGCUCCCCCUGGAUACCCCGAAAGGGUCGGCAUGGCGGCCUCCCGGCCUCCCAUCCCUUCCUGUGUGGGCGCCUUAACCCAACUGAGCAAGGCCCGGGGGAAGGCGGCGACGAAGAAGUUCCCUCGGCCCCUGGUGCUGGCCAACCAGGUCUCCAACCGGCGCCUGAGGCAGGGAGAGGCAACAUGUAUCACAGAGAUGUCCUUAAUGAUGGCCUGUUGGAAACAGAAUGAGUUCAGUGACAUAGCUUGUGCCCGGGAGAUCCAGACGUUCUAUGACUGUGCAGCAAAGGCAGAAGCAGAACGCAAGGAGAAAAUUCGCCAAGAGUCCCUUGGCCUAUCAGGAAAUCUUACUUCUCAACAAGUCAACAAAAUACUGAGGCGGUUCCCUAACAUUACAAAAAAUUCUUAAUGAGGACUUGCUUUCCUGUGGUGUCUGGACAUCAGGAGCCAAAAUGGCUAUAUUUGGUGGAAUUCCCUCCUACUUUGACUUUCAAUUUGAAGGAUGUAGCUCCAUAACUACAAGAGCUGAAGUCGAGGACUCUCUGUUCCAGAUCGAGUGAAAACCUAAAGUAUCUUCUGCUAUGAAGCUUCUUUCAGCAGGAGAUUUGCUGAAAUGUUGCUCAAUUCACACCACUUUUAAGUCUUGUGUGAAAUAAAAUCUGAUUAAAUGUAUAA